CUCUUUUCGGUGCAUAUCGUUCUGGCUGGUCAGUGGCCGGUCGUUGAUGUGUGCCAUAUUUCGGUCGCGUCUCACGUCCCAUACAACCUCUUUUCUCCGUUUCCUUUUCAUCUCCGUGUCAUUUCAACGAAGGAGAGAGAUUGUAUCGUCUCUCGCUUCUUGACACGGAGUGGGCCUGUUCUUGGGCUGUUGAUGUUCACCACUCGUGAACGAACGGUUCUUGGUAUCAAAAGUUGCGAGUCACAGACUCUGUGGGCUCUGUUAGCUUCCGGAAUUCAUCGUAUCAACUCGGGACAGGCUGCAGAUCAAAGCAAGCAUUUAGGAAACUUCACCUUUGUGCAAUCGGGCUCACAGCAUGGCUGAAAAGCCGUUCAAGAUUCCUGGCCUUGGCCAGGGGAAACACAAUGAGCAACUGCCAGUCGAAAACUUUGCACCCGACCUUCUAACUGCUGCCGCAAGUAUAAUGGGGGAGAAUGGGGUCGCAUGGGGCGGUAGUACUAACGAGAAUACACAGUGGGUGAUGAAUCAGCGGCAGCAGCAACAGGAAAAGGAAGCAGAGAACACAAGCACAGCCGCAACAGCCGCAACCGCGGCAACUGCCAGUCAGCCAAAAGAAGAUGACAUGAAAAUUGACAGCAAGAUCAACCCCACCACCACUAGUGAUCCUUCACCCGCCGACGACCCAGAUGUCGACAUGCCUUCAGAACAAUCCAGUACCAUUGGACGCUCAGUUGCAGAAGACGACGCAAAGACGAUCAGUGUACCGUCUAGCCCAAGUGUCACGCAUGCUCUGGAAGCCGCUAUUAACGGCAUUCUAUCAUCAACCUCUCAAAACGGCGUGAAUCUUCAGCAACAAAAUACCAUUCAUCCAGAGCAGGAAACUAAGAACCCCGACCAGGAGCUCAAUUCUUUAUCAGCGGUAGCCGGUGCCGAGGAAUCGGCGAUGGAAAAUCCGGAAAUGAGCGACGAUCGCUCGCAACAGGAUGAUGCUCACGUCGAGCAGGAGAAUGGACACCCUGAGUGGGAAGUCGAUUCCUCACCAUAUGAAUCAUCGUCCGAGUCCAGCUCAGACAGUUCCUCGGAUGAGGACUCCGAAGAUGAAGGAGGCUACGAGCUUCUUGGCAUCGAGGAGACAGCCCGGCUUCUCAUGGCAACGGAUGGCGAUGGCGAGGGAGACGGAGACGGCACGGGAAAAGCCAAGAACUCGGCUUCGGUUCUCCGGACAAAGAAUGAAGUCCCAGACGAAGUCAUGCCCAAGCCCGACGUCACCAUAACGCCAGACAUGAAAAUUGAACUGUUGGGGCAUAUCAUGGCCGUUGUUGAAAACACCAUCGUCAUCCAAUCGCAGGGAACCGGCGAAUAUCAGGUACUGGAUUCAGGAUCUGUGCUCUGCAAAGAGGAUCGCACCGUCAUUGGUGCCCUGGCUGAGAUAUUGGGCAACGUCCGCAGUCCCAUGUACACGGUCGGAUUCCCUACCGAGGAAGAGAUAGGAGAACUCGGCCUGGCGGUGGGCACACCCAUAUUCUUCUCCGUCGAGCACGCCAACUACGUCUUCACUCAAGCACUAAAAGAAGCAAAGGGUACUGAUGCAAGCAACCUCCAUGAUGAAGAAGUCGCGGCAGAUGAGAUGGAAUUUUCCGAUGAUGAGAAGGAGGCGGAGUACAAGAGACAGCAGAAACUCAAAAAGCGGGGAGGCAAAAACGGCCGUGGGGGACGAGACCAGCAUGGCCAGCGGCGCGCUUCCAACAGCACCGAGCUUACCAACAUGGCGUCGGGUGCCGGUCUCAACUAUGAUGAUGACGAUGACGGACCGUACAAGCCUUUGACCAGGCCUCCUGGAUUUGGCCAGUCUAACAGCGCUUCACUUCCUCCAAUGCCUCCAAGGCCUGAGGCUAGAUCCAGUGCAUCCCCGCGCUACGGUCACCGCGAAGCCCAUCGUGGUGGCCGCGGCGAUUUCCGGGGUCGCGGCGGACGUGGCGGCUAUCGUGGAGGUGACCGGAGACAGGCUCCAAAGGGUGGCCGAGGUGGUAGCCAUCAUCAGUUCGGUUACGAUGGCGCAACUUCACCGCCGGCGGCCUUCUCAAACCUUCAAUCCCCCCCCAUCCCGAAUCCCCAUCUUCCCCCUCCACCAUUCGGCGCAAAGCCGCUGACCACUAGCGGGCAAUGGCCGGCUGCCCCUUCUUCAUAUGGCCAUAACGCGGCACCAUACCAGCACUCACCCCCCGCUGGCCCCCCAAUGCACCCUCCCCAGCAAGGGCCCUCGGGGAACUUCACGUUUAAUUACCAGGCCUGGAAUCAGAAUCGGGGUCAACAGCACCAGUAUCCUCAAGCGGCUCCUCUGCCCCCAGCAAUUCCCUUCCAACAGCCCCUUCAGCCAUCUGGCUAUGCCCAGCCCUUCUCCCCUGCUUGGCCGGUUGCUGAGACCACCCGCCAGGCACCUCCUGCCGCGGGCUCAUACAACCCAGCCCUCUACGGUGGCUAUCAGCAUGGUCAACAAGCGCAAGCACAGCAGGGACAGCAGCAAUACUGGCCACCGCAGCACGGGGCCUAUGGUCAGGGACCAAACCAGCAGAAAUGAUUUUACGGUUUUUCCGAUGCUGCCCGGGGAUCGAAUCGGCGCCUUGCCUCAUAUCAUAGGCGGGACUGCGAUCGCCCGGGGCAGAAUAGCGGUACUUUUCAGGCUGGGACAGGGUAGCAUCGAGACGCAGCAUCCUGGUAAACCGGCUGGGAAACGGGACGGAUUUGGCAUGUAACUAAGUGUAACUAAGACGUUCCUCAACGGCAGUACUCAUUGCUGGGAACAUGUAGAGUAGUUCGAGGGAAGUGGAUGCAAUGGCGCAGGGCCGAUGAACCUGUGGAGUUUAUAAGUCAAGUCCAUCUUCCUAUUUUCAUCCCCUCUGGGUAGAGUGAAAUGAAGUUAAGUGGCCCAGCCAAGUCCGCUGGGCACUAUCAGGGUACUGGCCCUUGUACGAAAGUGGAGCCAACGGGUACCUCGCCCGUUAUGUAA